AUGGCUGAAGAAGAGCAUCAUAAUCCAUUUAAUCAACCUCCAAGGAGAACUAUUGGGGAUUCUAUUCUAUAUACCAGCCCCCGAAAUUUCUCUAGCAUGGUGAGGCCUACUAUGAACGAGAAGAUUGGUGAAAUGAAGCCAGCCCUCUUGCAACUUAUAAGCUCUCAUCAGUUUGCCGGGUUGGAUCAUGAAAACCCACAUACUUAUUUGUACACCUUCUAUGAGUUGUGUGGCUCAGUUGGAAUUUCUGGAGAUGACGAAGAGGCUUUGUUCAUGAGGUUAUUUCCAUUUUCUCUCACUGGGAAGGCCAAGGCUUGGCUUCAAUCACAGCCUAACCAAAGUCUAACCAGUUGGAGGGAUGUGGAGACAAAAUUUCUAACUCGUUUCUUCCCACCAUCCAAGAAUACGGAGGCCAAGGCCGCUAUUGCUACAUUUGUGCAAGGAGUUGAUGAAUCCUUAUGUGAGGCAUGGGAGAGAUAUAAAGCUUUGCUUAUGAAGUGUCUCAAUCAUGGUUUUGAUAUAGAGAUGCAAGUUCAGACUUUUUGCAAUGGUUUACAACCACAAACAAAGAUGAUUUUGGAUGCUUCUUUUGGUGGCUCUGUUUUGUUCAAGACUGCCGAUGAAACUAUCACAAUCAUUGAGUCUAUGGCAUCUACUAACUUGCGAAGCCAACAUGGGAGGGGUCAAGCACAAAGGAGGGGAGUAUUAGAAUUAAGCACUCAAGAUGCCCUCUUAGCUCAACAUAAGCUUCUUACUCAACAAAUCGAAGCUCUCAAUCAACAAAUGGCUAAAUUACCUCAACAACUCCAAGCCAUGCAUGCUAACCCUUGCCAAACUCAACAAGUUAUGCGGUGUGAUUUUUGUGGAGGUGAUCAUUCCAAUGGAAAUUGUCAAGCUCCUAGUGGCUCCCAAGGUGAAGAAGUCAAUUAUAUGGGGAACCAAGGACGCCAAAAUUUCAUUAACAAUCCUUAUCCUAGUUCUUAUAACCAAGGGUGGAGAAACAAUAAUGCUCAAUUUGGAGGGAAACAAGACAUGGGUGCAUCAAGUAGUAGACUUCACCCUCCACAACAACAACAUCCACAGUUGUAUGAAAGAACUACCAAGCUAGAAGAUACCUUGCAGCAAUUUAUGCAAUUAUCCCUCCAAAACCAAAAGAAUACAGAUGCUUCAAUUAGAAAUUUGGAGGUGCAAGUGGGACAAUUGGCCAAACAGUUAGCAGACCAGCAAAGCGGAUCGUUCUCUACUAAUACACAAACAAAUCCCAAGGAGCAUUGUAAGGUUGUGUCUACAAGAAGUGGGAAGAAGUUUGGAGAGAAUAAUCAAAAUGAUAGACAAGAAAAUGUGAUGAAAGAAAAUAGCGGAGCAGAAGACAAUGAUGAGAGUGUAGUGGAAGAGGUGGAGAAUAAGAGAGUGAGUGGAGAAAUAGAGAAAAAGAAAAAAAAGAUUAAGAAGGAAGUUGGGAAAGCCCCACCUACAAAGAAUCUUCCAUACCCACAUGCUCCUUCAAGAAAAGACAAAGAGAGGCAAUUUGCAAGGUUUCACAAUCCCUGUAACCAUAGGUACUUUACCUGUGGGUAA